CCUUUCCCCUGGCUGGCAUCGCGGAGGCCACACGAAGCCUGGAGUUACUGUAAAAGACUUUAACCAGCAGGAGUUCAUCAGAGCUCUGGCAGUCUUCCUCAAAAAGUCUGGGAAGCUGAAAGUCCCCGAAUGGGUGGACACAGUCAAGCUGGUCAAACAUAAAGAGCUUGCCCCAUAUGAUGAGAACUGGUUCUACACACGAGCUGCUUCCACAGCACGGCACCUGUACCUCCGUGGUGGUGCAGGGGUUGGUUCCGUGACCAAGAUCUACGGAGGAUGGCAGAGAAACAGUGUAAGGCCCAGCCACUUCAGCAGAGGCUCUAAGAGUGUGGCCCGCCGGGUCCUCCAAGCCUCGGAGGGGCUGAAAAUGGUGGAAAAGGACCAAGAUGGGGACCACAAGCUAACACCUCAGGGACAGAGAGAUCUGGGAUCGCCGGACAGGUGGCAGCUGCCAACAAGAAGCAUUAGAGCAAAGGAUGCUGGGUUAAUAAAUUGCCUCAUUCAUAAAAAAAUGAAAAAAUACAAAUAAAUGGAAAUGGAGUUAGAAAGGAAUAGUCAGCUCUUUCCAGCCAGCGCCGAGCGAUGGGCAUCUCUCGGAACAACUGGCACAAGCGCCGCAAGACCGGGGGUAAGAGAAAACCCUACCACAAGAAGCGGAAGUAUGAGCUGGGACGGCCGGCCGCCAACACUAAGAUUGGCCCUUGCCGCAUACACACAGUCCGAGUUCGAGGAGACAAUAAGAAGUAUCGUGCUCUGAGAUUGGAUGUGGGGAACUUUUUCUGGGGCUCUGAGUGUUGUACUUGCAAAACAAGGACCAUUGACGUUGUCUACAAUGCAUCCAAUAACGAGCUCGUCCGCACCAAGACCCCGGUGAAGAACUGCCUUGUGCUUAUUGACAGCGCACCGUACCGACAGUGGUACGAGUCCCACUAUGCACUGCCCCUGGGCCGCAAGAAGGGGGCCAAGCUGACUCCUGAGGAGGAAGAGAUUUUAAACAAAAAACGAUCAAAGAAAAUUCAGAAGAAAUAUGAUGAAAGGAAAAAGAAUGCCAAAAUCAGCAGUCUUCUGGAGGAGCAGUUCCAGCAGGGCAAGCUUCUCGCCUGUAUUGCCUCAAGACCAGGCCAGUGUGGCAGAGCAGAUGGCUAUGUGCUCGAAGGCAAGGAGCUGGAGUUCUACCUGCGGAAGAUCAAAGCCCGGAAAGGCAAAUAAACUGUCAUAACUCGUGUAAUAAAGGUGUUUGCUGUUAAAAAAAGAAAAGAAAAGAAA